AAAAAGCCCUUCAGAGCAUCGGACUUGCCAGAGGUCUCAGUUUAAGUCGUGAAACCUAGUGAAGUAGUCGUCGUUGUCGCCGUCGUCGUUCUUGGGGUUUUGCCCAACAUUGAACAUAACAGUCCGAAGCUCACGUCCACCUCAAUUCAUGAAGUCACAAACAAGGUGUGGACAUCAUAGAAAGCAAAUACGAAAAAUAAGUUGGGGCAAGAUGCUUGAAACGCCCAGAUGCCGGAAGGCCUCUUCCCUGUCCAUCGGACCUAUGUCUCUGUUCCUGAGUCCCAUCAAGACCAUCAGUUCCACCACUCAGAGGCGGAAGAGUGAUUCUCGAUUGGAACGCAGGCUCCAGUUCGAUCUGAGCGAUGUGGAUCCUCGGACGAUUCAUCUGUUCCACCAUUUACCCGAGGCGCCCAAGGUGGAAGCCCCUGAAAUUGGGGGACCGAGACGCGAUCGCGAAUACACGCUGGUGUUGGAUAUUGACGAAACCUUGGUGCAUUGUUCCAGUGAUCCCAGUUUACCUUACGUCUUCGAAAUCGAAGUCAUCCCCGAGAAUCAUUCCAACUCGACGCCGAGGAAAUAUUACGUGAGAAAACGCCCCAACAUCGACUAUUUCUUGCAAGAAGUUGCACAGCAUUUUGAAGUUAUCGCUUUUACAGCUGGUUACAAACGAUAUGCUAACAGGAUCUUGGACUAUUUGGAUCCCGAGGGAACCAUCUUUAGUCACCGUCUGUAUCGCGAUUCUUGUUACAUCAAGGAUCGGAAGUACAUCAAGAACCUGAACGCACUGGGCCGUGACCUCAAUAAAACGAUCCUGGUCGACAACUCCAUAGAGGCCUUGGGCUUUCAAAUGGACAACGGACUGCUGAUCAAAACUUGGACGUCGGAUCCCUAUGACGACCAAUUGCUCUUGGUUCUAGACAUCCUUUCAAACAUACUGCUGGUCCAGGCGAGCGUGCCUCGGUAUCUACGGGACCAAUUCGGCUUAUCUCGUUUCAUCGAGCAUCAAAUUGAUCUCUUGCAUCAGCAUCACUAAAUAUUACAAAGGAUUCUGCUUCCAAAAGGAAGCUUAUUGUCCAUGUAAAUACGUAUACAAUCAUAUAUUCAUUCAUUCUUACUACGUAGCAUAGAAAUAUAAAUCCCGUUUAUGUG